AUGGAUGAAAUAGUUAUGCCCGAUGUUAUUGUCACAGAUAGAGAAUUGGCUUUAAUGAAAGCCAUUGAUGCAGUGUUUGGUACAGCUAAGCAUCUGUUAUGUAAAUGGCAUAUUAAUAAGAAUGUGCUAGCCAAAUGCAAAGUUGAAUGUGAAAGUAAGGAUGAUUGCAAUAGGUUUUUGGUUAAAUGGAAUUCAAUGGUUGCAUCACCAACUGAAGUCGAUUUCAAAAGGGAGGCAAGAGAACUACUCAGUGAGUUUAGUAAGUAUCCAGAUUUACUUAAAUAUGUAAUAGAUACUUGGUUGAACCCAUAUAAGGACAGGGCUGAAAUUUCACAUGCAAGAUUAAAAAGACAACUUGGAACAAGCCAAGGAACAUUUGCCACAACAUGGGAAAAUAUACACGCUUUACUUGAGUUGCAACACACUGAAAUUAAGGCUUCGUUCGAGAAAAGUUUGAUAGUAGUGCAUCAUGAUUUUAGAAGUCCAGAUUUUGAGGAACUUCGUGGUUUUGUCUCAAUUAGUGCACUAUAUAUGGUACUCGAGGAGACCAAGCUAGCUAACAAUUGUGCAAUUGACUCUGAGGCGUGUGGCUUUGUGUUACGACUAGCUCAUGGGUUACCAUGUGCUCAUGAGAUUGUAAAGUACAAGAAAGAUGGUAAACCUAUUCCACUUGAGUGCAUUGAUCCUCAUUGGAGGCAACUUGACAUGACAUGUGCACUUAAAAGAAAAACUUCGGAGUGUUCCUAUGAUGCAGAGAUGAAGUUAUUUCAUAGGCGUUGGAUGAAGUCUAAUGCAACUACACAAAUGAUUCUUAAAAGAAAACUUAUGGAAUUAGUAGCACCACAAACUACUUCACUUGUGGAACCAUUUGUGAAUACCAAGACUCGAGGUAGGCCAGGUAAGAAGAUGGAUAAAUCUACUCGUCGUGAUCCAUCCUUAUUUGAGGUUGUAGAUUCACCUAGGUUGGAUGGAUGUAGUCUUAGUGGUCUUCCUCCUAAAGUGAGUGCAAAACAAAAGAGGCGACCGAAGUUGAGGCCAGUUGAGUUUGUUGACGCAUUUCCACAAGCAUUAAGGUCAUACAUCCAUCAUGUAAAAGAUGUGGCAGCAUAUGGACAUUGUGGGUACAGACCUAUUGCAGCAUUAUUAGGUUAUGGUGAGGAUGGAUGGGUACAAGUAAGAAGAGAUUUAUUGAAUGAGCUUGAGUCUUAUUCAGCACUUUAUGGGUCUGAAAAUAGGAUCUAUGAGCUAAAGCACUCAUUGGCGUACUUUGGACCUGAUGCAAAUUUUGAUCGGUGGAUGACUAUGCCUGACAUGGGCCAUAUUAUUGCAUCAUGUUAUGAUGUUGUACUUGUGCACCUAUCUAAUGUACAAUGUCUAACGUUCUUACCUCUUAGAUCAAGACCAUUGCCACUAUCAGAUCGUAGAGAGAUCGCUAUCGGAUUCAUCAAUCGUCAUUUUGUGCAGGUAUUCUUGAAGCCAAGUCAUCCAAUUCCCCCUAUAGCAACAAACUGGGAUAGAUACCGAGAACCAUGGACUACAGAAUGGGCCACCCCAUACAUCACUCGCAUACAACAAUUCAUAUAUAUUACAAGGUCUACUGUUAUAACUAGAGAAACAAUUGCAUCUGAUGACGAUUGA